AGUAGUGAAAUGCAAUGCGGUUAAGCCUAUUUCUCCUUUUACUAAUGAUGACGUCAUCAACUACUUCCACGUCACCGAGUAAAAAAUCGAUAACCGUUACGUCAUCCUCGUCCUCCUCCUCCACGUCAUCAUCAGAAUCUAUGCCACGUCAUCACAAAACACGCCGGCGACGUCACGGAGACUAUGAGGAUUCGGAAAAUGACGAUGAUGACGAAGAUUAUUCGGAGGACGAAGGUGAAGCCCCACCACCACCUCCCCCGGCGCCGCCACAAAUGACCGACGAGGAAAAAUCGAUAAUGUGGCAGAACCCGGAACAUCCGGAACGUCGCCAAGGACGGUAUUCCGGUGGAGACGAUGAACAAACCGAAUUCGUGAGAACUGAAUAUACCGACAUGGAAUAUAAGAAAUUAAGGACUUAUAGCGCCGGUGCUCCAAUCCCACGACAAGUCGAAUGUUACUCGUGCAUGUCGCUGUCUUACCAGACUAGUUGGAAAUACUUACAAACUACGUAUAUUUAUCCUAAAGUCUUCACCGACAGAUGCCGCGACCCGAAUAGUGAACGUGGAAUGCCUACUGUAAUGUGUGGAAGUGUAUGUGUAUCGCUGAUGGAGCCCGAUGUGGAAGCUGGAGUAUUUAUCGGCUUCAAACAUAUCCGAGGAUGCUUGGACCGAGUUUUGCGGCACGGAUUUAACCAAUCAGCGCUCCGAACUCACCGGUUUCAUCAGAAUAACCACUGCCGAACGCUUUCCCGCUCAGCCCUCUUCAACCCAGCCCGGCAGACUGACCCCCCGGCACUCGGCGAUGUUCAACUGUGCUCGUGUUACGGUGACCGGUGUAAUUCUACAAUAAUGACGUCAUCAUCAAUAUUUAUCGUCUUUUUAUUAGUUUUUCUACAUCGGUUAUUGUAUUGAAAAAGAUUUUCUAAAAAAUUUUUUUUUUGUGAAAAAAAUUGCAAUUUUUUUUUGAAUUUAUUGAUUUUUACAUGUCUUUCUUUGGAUUUUUUUUUUGAAAUAUGAUCUCCGUUUCUCUAGAUGCCCAUUUUUAUGUUGGAUAUAUGUAUUACGGGUUUUUAUAUAAAUAUAUAUAUAUAUUGGAAACACCAAACAUUAUUGGUUUUUUUUUUUGCUAUUCUAACUGUAAGUUUUAUUGCAAAAAGUGAAUAAAUUUUU